UCCAUAAAAAAAAAAGCAAAAAUACGUCACCUCCCACUCUCUGGCGAGCGUCGAAGGGAAAGGAAAACAGAGAGAAAAAAGAAAAAUCAGAGCUCUGUGAAGAUUCAAACCUAAAUCGAAACCAGAGAUGGGCAAAGAUCUGAGCAAUGAUCAGAAAUCCUCCAUGAGAGAGGCCUUCACCCUCUUCGAUACCGACGGCGAUGGCCGGAUCGCCCCAUCGGAGCUCGGGAUCCUAAUGCGUUCUCUCGGCGGCAACCCCACUCAAGCCCAACUCAAAGCCAUUAUCGCCGAGGAGAAUCUUACUUCUCCCUUUGAUUUCAAUCGCUUCCUUGAGAUCAUGUCCAAACACAUGAAGCCCGAGUCCUUCGAUCGCCAGCUUCGCGACGCCUUUAAGGUUCUCGACAAGGACAACACCGGCUACGUCCUGGUGUCCGAGCUCCGACACAUUUUGACUAGUAUAGGUGAGAAGCUGGAGCCGUCGGAGUUCGAUGAGUGGAUUCGAGAAGUGGAGGUUGGACCGGAUGGUAAAAUUCGGUAUGAGGAUUUCAUUGCUCGAAUGGUGGCCAAAUGAGGAGGGAAGCUAUGGAAAAUUGGUUUUGUGUGCUUUACUCGACUGCUUUCUGAAGUAAUUUGUGGCGAUCUUUGUUGUUUCUCUUUUUUCCCUUUUCUUUCCAAUUUCUGUUGAUUGGUUUCAGAUUACAAAACUUGCUUGGAUUUUGGUGGGAUGGAUGCGGGUGAUGUUCGCAUACUUCCCCAAGUAAUGCUAAUAUUAUUUGGAAAGAUUUAGGAUUAUAUGGGAUGAAUGUGUGGAUGGAUUCGAGGUGUAUUGAAAACUGUGGUUUUCUGGGUAUCUUAGGAUCUCUUGAUUUGUAUGUGUUUCAUAGCUUAAAUUGCUAAAAAUGGUUAGCUUCUUCCGCAA